AUUGGAAGAGGGUGGUGACGUCAUUGCCGCGCGCCGGCAGCAGCAGACCGUGGAAGGUCGUAUUGGUGGAUGUUGUCACUGUGGAUGGCAAUGUGAUGCUGUCUCUGAGCUAACGUCAGAAGUAGUCGGACCCGCAGCCGGCGCUCGCGGACAGUGCCUGGCUCAUGGCGCAUCGCUGCCUGCUGCUGCCUGGCCUCAGCCGGCCUCUGACCGGGGGGCUCCUUCCUCUGCUGCCCCACAGCCGGCGCGCUGGGGCCUGCUGUCUGAGGAGGAUUCAUACCCAAGCAGCUGCUUUAGGCAAGAACAGCUUCCUGGCCAAUAUCAUUGCUACGUAUAGGAGAUUCAGCUCUCAGCCCCCUAAAGGUUUUGAGAAAUACUUUCCCAACACAAAAAAUGGCAAGAAAGCAAAUGAUACCAAAGGGGAGGCAAAAGAUGCCAAGCGUAAUGAGAAACCUUCUUCAGGUGGAAACGGUGAAUCGGGGGGAGGAGGUGGAGGCAACAAAAGCGGGAAGGGUGGUGGGAAGAAAGAUGAAUGGUGGUCAAGAAUGCAAAAGGGAGAAGUUCCAUGGGAUGAUAAUCAGUUCCGAUACUACUUCAUAGCAUGCACAGGAUUUUGGGCUGCUGCCACUUACUACGUCUUCUUCAGGAAGGUUCCUGUGGAGAUCACGUGGAAGGAUUUUGUAAAUAAUUACUUAUCACAAGGCAUGGUGGACCGCCUUCAGGUAGUAAAUAAGCGCUUUGUAAGAGUUGUCCUUAAUCCUGGAAUGUCAAGUAUGGAAGGGAAAUAUGUCUGGUUUAAUAUUGGCAGCGUGGAUACCUUUGAACGGAAUUUGGAAACUGCGCAGCAGGAGUUUGGCAUAGAGCCGGAGAACAGAGUACCUGUGGUGUAUACAGUUGAGGGUGAUGGCUCCUUUUUUCUGAACAUCCUCCCAACUUUCCUCAUCCUGGGCUUCCUCAUAUACACUCUGAGAAGAGGCCAGGCUGGAGGAAGAACAGGCCGUGGGAUGGGUGGUCUCUUUAGUGUGGGAGAGACAACUGCCAAAGUUCUGAAGGAUGAAAUUGAUGUCAAGUUCAAGGAUGUGGCAGGGUGUGAGGAGGCAAAACUGGAGAUUAUGGAGUUUGUCAAUUUCCUCAAGAAUCCAAAGCAAUACCAAGAUUUGGGUGCAAAAAUACCAAGGGGUGCCAUCCUCACAGGUCCACCUGGCACAGGGAAAACGCUUUUGGCAAAAGCUACAGCUGGGGAAGCCAGUGUACCUUUCAUCACAGUCAAUGGAUCAGAGUUCCUAGAGAUGUUUGUUGGGGUCGGGCCAGCCAGAGUACGUGACUUGUUUAGCAUGGCCCGGAAGCAUGCCCCUUGCAUUCUGUUCAUUGAUGAGAUUGAUGCUGUUGGUCGAAAAAGAGGACGUGGGAACUUUGGUGGUCAAAACGAACAAGAAAACACACUGAAUCAGCUCCUAGUGGAAAUGGAUGGUUUUAAUACAGCUACAAAUGUUGUUGUACUAGCCGGCACAAACAGACCUGAUAUCUUGGAUCCUGCUCUACUGCGACCUGGCCGUUUCGACAGGCAGAUUUACAUAGGACCGCCAGACAUAAAAGGCAGAGCCUCUAUUUUUAAAGUCCAUCUCAGGCCUUUGAAGUUGGAUAGUAGUUUAGACAAAGACGCCCUCUCUAGGAAAAUGGCAGCUCUAACGCCAGGAUUCUCAGGAGCUGAUAUAGCAAAUGUGUGUAAUGAAGCUGCUCUUAUCGCUGCCAGACACCUUUCUGAUGCCAUAAACCAGAAGCACUUUGAGCAAGCCAUCGAGCGAGUAAUAGGAGGCUUGGAAAAGAAAACUCAGGUUCUCCAGCCGGAAGAAAAAAAGACAGUUGCUUAUCAUGAGGCUGGGCAUGCUGUAGCAGGGUGGUUCUUGGAACAUGCAGAUCCACUUUUAAAGGUUUCUAUCAUCCCAAGAGGAAAGGGAUUGGGCUACGCUCAGUAUUUGCCUAAAGAACAGUAUCUAUAUACAAAGGAGCAGCUGCUAGACCGGAUGUGCAUGACUCUGGGCGGUCGUGUCUCUGAAGAAAUAUUCUUUGGGAGAAUUACAACCGGAGCGCAGGAUGAUUUGAAGAAAGUGACACAAAGCGCCUAUGCUCAGAUUGUGCAAUUUGGCAUGAGUGAUAAAGUUGGACAAGUUUCAUUUGACCUCCCUCGUCAAGGGGAGAUGGUGUUGGAGAAGCCUUACAGUGAGGCCACUGCUAGACUGAUUGAUGAUGAAGUACGAAUACUAAUUAACUCUGCUUAUGAAAGAACUAUGAAACUCCUUACAGAAAAGAAAUCGGAUAUAGAGAAGAUUGCUCUCCAUCUCUUGGAAAAGGAAGUACUGGAUAAAAGUGAUAUGGUUGAACUAUUAGGUCCAAGACCAUUUGCAGAAAAAUCGACAUAUGAGGAAUUUGUAGAAGGUACUGGCAGCAUGGAUGAGGAUACAACACUUCCCGAGGGUCUGAAAGACUGGAACAGAGACCGCCAAAAGGACAAGGAGGAGUCUAGCGAUGAACAGAUUGUCCGACACAUCAGUGGAAGAAUGCCAUUUUGAUUGGCUAUAUAAUGGGUGGAAGAGAGGGAACUGUGUUUUUAGCAAAAAUAAUAGGUGAUCACUUUCCCAGAAAUGCUACAUAAGAGAUUAACUGGGUACGCGUCACAUAAUGUUUUGUCCAAGAGGAAAAACAGGUGGGUAGGAAAAGAUAUGACAACGAAAGGACAGACAUUUUUACUGGAUAGUAGGACUGCAAAGUGGCCACGUGUUUAAACAAACAAAACAAUAUAUAUAUAUAUAUAUAUAUAUAUAUAUAUAUAUAUAUAUAUAUAUAAACUUAUUGAAUUAUCUGAUCGGUGUCAGUCUGACUUAAAAAACAAAAACAAAUGACAAACCUCCAACUUUUAAUGCUUUAUUAUAAAAGGCAAAUAGCCUGUUGCGGUUUCUGCUAUUGCAGCGACCAGCUGUGGAUUUCUUUCAUGUACAUAUCCAAGCUAUAACCAAAUAGCAUGGUGAUAAGGAUAUGGCACAUCCAUGCAUUAAGGCACAAAGGAACGGCAAGGGGGUGCAGAAAGAGCCACACUAUAGAUAAUUAGUAUUUCCCCGACAGCAAAAGAGCACUUCAUUGGUUUACUUGAUUGGCACUGAUAAAUAAUUUUAAGAGUGGGAGUGAAUGUUAUUGCUUGUACAUAAAUAUGAAUGUUUUUCCUGCUGUAUAAAUGUUUCCCAGAUAAAGAAAAAACAUUAAACAAUUAUUUGCUAUCAA